AUGCUUGUUAAUAUUUUUCACUCACAGCAGCGUUAUCAAUUGUUAACGGAUGGCCAUGUUCAAAUAUAUCGCAUACCUCGUGCAAAAAAUAUUAUAGAAAAAAUACGUUUUUCACGUUUUUUUCACCGUUGGGAAGAUCAUCAUAUUUGUCUUGAACAAAGUGAAAUAACUUCAUCGACAGUUAAUACACUUGAUUUCAGAGACCAAUUGUUCUAUUCAGUACAAUGGAAACUGAAUAAAUCAAAAUUUGAACGUAUUUUACGUUCGACUGAUAAUCAGGAAGUAUUAUUAAAAGAAAUUACGAAUAUGAUCAAUUUUGUCAUGACAACUCCGAUUGAGGAUGUUGAAGUUCAUCAUUUUCCACUUGAAAUUAUUUUCGAAAUUCUGCAACAAGAAUUUAAUUUAGUACAUGUUUUUCGUGCAAAUGUGAUUGAAACACUAGAACCAUUACUUGAAAAAAAUUAUCCAUCGCCAGAAAUGUGUAAUUUUUUUAGUCGACAUUGUCGUGAUGAUUCACGCUCUCAAAUUGUAAUUCAAAUGUUUACACGAGCUAUUGAAAAAAUUUUAAAACAUAAUACAGAUUUUAGUAAAUAUCCACGAUUGAGAACACUUGUUCAAGAAUAUAUACUUGCACUUAAUUCUCAAAAUGAUGGUCUACAUGUUGUACAAGAAUUUAUUAAACGACUACAUGGUUCAACGAUGGUUUGUCCAUUUCUGCGUGUUCUCUCAAAUUUAAUCUCUGUUUGUCUUUCUGCAGUUUAUAAUGUUUUUCAAGGUCGAAAAAACUUGUGCUUUGAAAAUACCGAAAGUUGUCGAGCAUAUGAAGAAGAAACUAAAAUUCAAGUAGUAUGUUACACAAAAAUAUUACAAACAAUAAUAUUUAAAAAUGUUCUUAAAAAUCUCGUUGAAGAUACACGAUGUGAAGUUCAUCAGAAAGUGUUAGGUAUUCGUGAAGGUAAAGACGGAUGGUUUGAAAUGUGUUGUUUGAGUGGUAUAGCUUGUGAUGAUAAUGGCAAAAUGUUUUCAUUAAUGCUCAGUAAAUUACUUUCAUGUUGUUGUCGAAAAAGAAGUUUCUUAUUACGUAUUAACAAAUUAUUACCAGCUUUAAAGUUACUUGCAUUACGUGAAAGUCAAAGUUCAUUAGAUACUUUAUGUGCAAUGUUGGAAUUCGAUGCAGUUGAAAAUCAUGAUACUGAAUUACAGUUAAUAUCAACACUGCAAUCGACACCCACAGGUUUCACGAUGUAUGCAGAAGUAUGUAGACGAAAGAUAGCAUUAAGAACAUUCCAACAAAAAGGUGGACCAAGAGAACUAGAAUUGCCGACAUAUUCAACUGAUGUCGAUUUAGCAAUAUUAUUAUCAAGAGGUCCAUUUGGUAAUCUUGAAUGUUUAAGUUUAGCAUCCACGUAUAUCACAAGCGCUUGUGCAAAACAUUUAAUUAAAUUACCAGCUUUAAAAGAUUUAAAUUUAUCUUCAACACAAUUUGGUGAUGAUGGUUUAGAAUUAAUUUCUGAACAUUUAAAUCAAUUAAAAGUACUGAAUUUAAGUGAAACACCAGUGACUAAUAAAGGUCUUGCUUGUUUAGCACGUAAGAUUAUGAUUUUUGUUUUUUUUCAUGUUUUGUUUGAUGUUGGUCUGAAUAUUAAGGCAUGA